GUUGCAGCCCCAACUAAUCAAGCUUAGAGUAAUGGAUGAACAUUUUAAAAAAACAGCGCGAUUUGUGCUUCGUUUUCUGACGUAGCUAGUGGCGAGUUCCAUUUAUACCGUAAUAUGUUGUGGUAAAGUUAACGUUAGUUGCACGAAAUUAUAAUAGGUAACAUUAUGUCUACGAGGAAACUGGCCAAAGAACUAGGAUUAUUGAAGCAGCGGGGUCAGUCCUCUAAUGGGUUAAAGAAACUGCUAUCAAAUCAAAUAUUUUCAUACCUGAUAGUGAUUGAUUUCGAGUCUACUUGCUGGAGAGAGAAAAACCACUACAGCCAGGAAAUUAUUGAGUUUCCUGCUGUUCUGCUGAACACGUCCACAGGGGAGAUCGAGUCCGAGUUUCACACUUAUGUUCAACCCCAGGAGCGCCCCAUUCUGUCUGAGUUCUGCACUGAGCUGACUGGAAUUACACAGAUGCAAGUUGAGGCAGGGAUCCCCCUUCAAAUCUGUCUUUCGCGGUUCAGCCGCUGGCUGCAAAACCUGCAGCUCGAUAUGGGUGUGGUGUUUUCCAACAGACAACAGAUAUCAUCUGAAUCUUCAGCUUCUCAAAAACUCUGUACCUUCCUCACAUGGUCAGACUGGGAUCUUGGAGUUUGCUUGCAGUACGAGUGCAAACGCAAGCAGCUCCAUAAACCUGACGUGCUCAACAGCUGGAUAGACUUGAGAAGCACCUACAGGCUGUUUUACGACAGGAAACCCAAAGGCCUCAACGGGGCACUACAAGAUCUUGGAAUACAGUUUUCAGGGAGAGAACAUUCUGGUUUGGAUGAUGCCCGAAAUACAGCUCAGUUGGCAGCGAGGAUGAUGAGGGAUGGGUGUGUGAUGAAGACCACUAGGAGCCUGGUGAGGACCCCACUAAUGGUCAAACCUGUGUUUGGAAACACAACUGCAGACAACAAGAAAGAAAAAUCUAACAUCGAUACAGAGGAAAACACACUUACCACAAACAAACUGUCAUCGUCCAAGAUUCCUCCCAAAUCAUGUUCAGAGAACUUUACAAAGGAGACGACAAGUUCAGUUCAGGAAUCUGCUCAAAUCUGUCAGAGCCUGAUUUCACCAAAGACACUGCUCAAUGGUACAACUACGUUACUAUGGGGACGCAGCAGGACGUCAGUUACAGCAGAGGCAGUCACUAAUAUCUCCUCCUCAGUUCUGAUAAAUUGUCUUUCACCUCACAAUAACAAUAACUGCCUUGUUCUGUGUUCUACGGCGGGCUGCCUUUCAAAUCUGCCUCAGCCAAAACAGCCCUCAAAAACUGGAGCAACAGUCGGACUUGUGGAGGAGGGGGAAGUUGCAGAACUCUUAGUGGAGACAGGGGACAGGUGUGGUUCAUACGAUGAUGUGGUGUUGGAGGGUGAUGAUGAUGUCGUCAGUGAAACGGAGAGAGGAUUUGAUAUUGACAAUGUGUCAGAUUUUGACAGCGGAUGUUAUGUGUGGGAAGAAACUGAUAAUACACAUUCACCAGGCGUUCAGGGCACAUUAACGGCUUAUAUAAAACAAACAUUGUGCGUUGAAAAGAACUUUAAAACUCAAAAGAUGACCAGUGAGUCAUCCCAUGUUAAUGUGUCUAAAUGCUUCAAUGAAAACGGGCAACAUUCAACAUUCUCAGAGCCAAAUACUUAUUUUGCAGUUCCUAAAACUGUUCCUCGGGACUCCAAAUCAAAUCAGCAUAAAACAGGACUUAAAACCUCUACAAAAGUACUAGAAAAGUCUGAUGGGCCCUAUAAAAACUCUAAAACAAACACACCCUUUCCCUUCAGGCACAAACCCUUCAUCCCGGAAAAGACCUCCACCCCUUAUACCUCAUUUGCCAGGCCCAAAGCAUUCACCACACAACACGCAAAGCUCAAAGAGACUCCACAAUCUUCCUUUACCAUCUUCUCUGACCGAGAAAAACCCUCCCGUCCCCCCUCAUGUGGAUCUUUUUGCGGCUCUAAGAAUGUCCUCUCCUCUUUGUCAACCAACACACUCUCCUCGCGGGCCAAUCAUUCCUCCGUCUCUGUGACAGUGAAAGGACAGAGGAUCACAUCCCCACUGUGUGCGUGUGGGCGUCGUGCAAAGCGUCAAGUUGUAUCCAAUGGUGGGCCGAAUCACGGGCGAGGGUUUUAUUGCUGUCCAGUCCGCAGGUCUGGCAGCGGAAACAUAAUCCAGAAGGGAUGUGAAUUCUUUAAGUGGGAGUCAGCUCUGAUGAAGAGCAGUUCAGUGGCCUCUCCUGCGGUCGGGUCCUCUGUCUCACUCUGUCAGAUCAACUCGACUCUGAGCCGUCGCCCACCCGACAGGUCCGCGAUAAGAAAGAGCUAUUGACUUGUUGGAGAAAACCUGCUGACGUGUGUGUUCUACCUCAGUCACAUAGACUUUGUGAUAUUAUCAAAACACUAUUGGUACGAAGAUGAUUAAUUGUAUUUUGUUUGUGUCUCCUCAUUACGUUUUUUUAAAAGUAAAAACUGAAUAGAUGUGCUUGAAGAUGAGAACAGAUUUGUUUUUCUGUUGCUGCCACACCCACCGCUGCGGUGGAGAUCUGCUGGAAGGAACUACAUACAGCAGUACAAAUCAAAGCUGUUAAUGAAAUUCCAUAGUGAAUGCUUAAUUUAAUUUAUUGAUUCCAGUUUGGUCAAUUCAUUUGCUUUGAUCAAUUUAAAAUCAAAUUAAUUGCUUUUCUGUAUUUGACAAUAUUAUAAAGUGAGUCAUACGUUUUAGGACAUAAAAGUGAAAUGAACAUUAAUGAAUAAUAAC